CUCUCAAAUUUUUACGUCGUUCGUGACCGUGUCAACGUUUGCCUCAGAGCAGAUGUGUGUGUGUGCUGAAAAAUUUGUCAAACAACAACGAAAUAAUAACACGUUUAUGACCUAAUUAUUGAAUUGAUGUGGUGAAACUAAUCCGUUCAUCAUGGAAAAGCCACAGAAAAUGCCAAAGGUGGCAAAGGUAAAAAAUAAAGCACCCGCAGAGAUUCAAAUCACUGCUGAACAGCUGCUCCGGGAGGCCAAGGAAAGAGACUUGGAAAUAUUACCACCUCCACCAAAACAAAAGAUCUCCGAUCCACAUGAGUUGGCCGAUUACCAGCAUCGUAAACGGAAAGCAUUCGAAGAUAAUAUUCGAAAGAAUCGUUCGGUAAUAUCAAACUGGAUAAAAUACGCACAAUGGGAAGAAAGUCAGAAGGAGAUACAGAGAGCAAGAUCAAUAUACGAGCGUGCUCUAGACGUAGAUCAUCGAAAUAUAACACUAUGGUUGAAGUACACAGAAAUGGAAAUGCGGAACCGGCAGGUGAACCAUGCGAGGAAUUUGUGGGACCGUGCUGUGACAAUUCUCCCAAGAGCAAAUCAAUUCUGGUACAAGUAUACGUACAUGGAAGAAAUGCUAGAAAAUAUUGCCGGAGCCCGUCAAGUGUUCGAACGUUGGAUGGAAUGGGAACCUGAUGAACAGGCUUGGCAAACUUAUAUAAAGUUCGAGUUACGUUACAAAGAAAUAGACAGAGCACGUUAUAUUUAUGAACGUUUUGUUAUGGUACAUCCCGAUGUAAAGCAUUGGAUAAAAUAUGCUAGGUUUGAAGAGACUCAUGGCUUCCUUAACGGUGCUCGUAAUGUAUUCGAACGUGCAGUCACUUUCUAUGGCGACGAAAGUUUAGAUGAAAAAUUGUUUGUUGCCUUUGCCAAGUUUGAGGAAGGUCAGAGAGAGCAUGAUCGCGCACGAGUCAUAUAUAAGUAUGCUUUGGACCACAUUCCAAAAGAUCGAACUCAAGAAGUAUACAAAGCUUACACGAUACAUGAGAAGAAAUAUGGUGAUCGAUCAGGUAUUGAAGAUGUCAUUGUGAGCAAAAGAAAGCAUCAGUAUGAACAGGAGGUCAAAGAAAAUCCAUCCAAUUAUGAUGCGUGGUUUGAUUAUUUACGAUUAGUUGAGUCUGAAACUGACAUAGACCUUGUUAGAGAAACUUACGAACGUGCAAUAGCAAAUGUACCGCCUACAAAGGAAAAACAAUAUUGGCGUAGAUAUAUUUACUUGUGGAUAAAUUACGCAUUGUUUGAAGAACUCGAAACUGAGGAUAUAGAAAGAUGUCGUCAAGUGUAUAGAGCCUGUCUUGAAUUAAUCCCACACAAGCAGUUCACAUUCUCAAAAAUAUGGCUGCUUUAUGCCCACUUUGAAAUUAGACAAAAAAAUCUACAAGUAGCAAGAAAAAUGCUGGGUAUGGCUCUAGGCAUGUCUCCAAGAGAUAAACUAUUUCGAGGCUACAUAGAUUUAGAAAUUCAACUUCGAGAGUUUGACAGAUGCAGAAUAUUAUACCAAAAGUUUCUUGAAUUUGGACCAGAGAAUUGUACUACUUGGAUGAAGUUUGCAGAACUUGAAACUCUCCUGGGCGAUGUAGAUCGAGCACGGGCAAUUUACGAAUUAGCAGUUACUCAACCAAGAUUGGACAUGCCAGAACUAUUAUGGAAAUCAUACAUAGACUUCGAAAUAUCUCAAGAAGAAACAGAAAAUGCAAGACAACUAUUUGAGAGACUUUUGGAACGUACAAUGCACGUUAAAGUAUGGAUAGCGUAUGCCAAGUUUGAAUUGGGAAAUUACGUGACAGACGAUGGCCCAGAUAACAUAGCGUUGGCACGACGUGUCUUUGAGCGAGGUAAUGAUGCACUGCGGACAAAUGGAGAUAAAGAAAGUCGUGCAUUGCUUUUGGAAGCAUGGCGAGACUUUGAAACUGAAAAAGGUGACGAAGAUAGUCAGGCGAAAAUUAUGGACAAAAUGCCACGGAGAAUCAAAAGACGGAGACGAAUCGUCGGAGAUGACGGAGCUGAAGAAGGUUGGGAGGAGGUAUUUGAUUUCGUUUUUCCAGAAGACGAAUCUCAGAGGCCAAAUCUCAAACUAUUGGCUUCUGCUAAAGCAUGGAAGAAACAAAAAGAAGCUACCCAAGACCCGGUUUCAAAUGGUACCACAGUAUUAUCAGAAACCACGCCUAGUUAACCCAUUCAAAUCAUUCACGCAUUUUUAUUUCAUUGUAAAUUCUUCAACUAAUUUUGAAUCUUACAAUAAAAUGUAUUUCGAAAGUAA